AUGCACGACGGCCCGCGGGCCAAACGACCGCGGCACGACCCCGCCGGCGGCGACGACGCUGGUGGCGACGCCGACCAACCCAUGGAAUCGGACACCACGCCCGACCCCAUGCAACUCCAAGCACGCACGAUCAACGUCACUAGCCUCGCCAAGGCCCGCCGGACCACCAUCCUGUCCUCCCGAGACGCGAUGGCAGCUGGCAUCGUGUGCUUGCAGGAGAUCCGCCAGCGGGAGCUUCGCCCCAGGCACGGGAUGGUGGGUAUUCGCGCGGCGCGCGCUACUGUCCUCUCGACCUACGGCCCCGCCGAGCUCGACCGCGACUGGUUCCACCGCAGUUUCACCUUCUUUCGCACGCUCGGCCACCUCGGCCACCCUAUCUUCAUCGCUGGGGACUUGAACUGGCGCCCCACCUACGCAGGGGUCAUCGGACACGGCUGGCGCCUCGACACCGCCGCCGACGGCUCACCAUCAACCACGACCACGGUGAAUACCUGCCCGACGCGCGCCCUGUUCUGGGGAAGCCCCGACGCCAGGCCACCGCUGCAUACCAACACCACGCUCUUGGCUGGCAUUCCGCACCACGGCCUCGUCAGCUACACGCUCAACGUCCCGUACACGGAACAAACCACCCACCGCCUCCGACAGACCGCCACCUACGCCCCAGCCCGCGACGCUCCUCCCGAAGAGAGAGCUCUUAUGCAGGAACUGAUUGAUUUGGAAUUUCAUGCUCCCCUGAUUUCCGACGACGACGACAGCAACCCGCCGCUCACGGACCGAUGGGACUACUGGCACCUACGCGCCGAACAGGCGAUGCUAGUGGCAGUCGACCGUGGCUGCAUGCAGCUCGACCAACUGGCCGAACGGCCCAAGGGCUCCAAGCCCACGACUCGACGCACCUUGCACUCACCGGCGCACCGACUGGACCAGUCGAUAGCCCUCCUACGCCUGCAACGCCUCCACAGGGCCCUCGCAGAACACCUGCGCCAGGGAGGCCGAAGCGACGACUACCUCGCGCCGAGGCACCACCGUUCGGUAGCCCAAGCGGCCCUCGACGGCGUCCUCAACGCGCAAGCCUGCGGCACCCCAUGCUACUCCGACGCCCUCCACUGGAUCUACCAGGCGACCUCGGCGGAGCAAGCCCGUCUCCAGGACGGGGCUAACCGCCAACGGCGACAGAGAUUCGCCACCUGGAGCAACGACCUCUGGUCCUAUACGACUCCCAUGUUCAAGGCCACGCCGCCGACGCCCGCCAUGAACGUCCACGACAUGCGCCGGCAAUGGCAUGACCAAUGGUGCCCCGACAACUACGACGGCGACUCGCACCACCAACGCUGGAAGACCUAUGAGGCGGACACUGUCUUCCCGAAAUCCGACAAGGCCUCCGACUGGACACCCUCCUGGGGCCAGUUCCGGGAAGCCAUCCAACGCGCCAAGGGUUGCCUUGGGCUUGACGGCUGGAGCUGUAAGGAGCUCCGCGCUCUGGCCCACUGGUUCCCGGCCAUCGUCCGCGAGCUGUUCGACCUCUGGACUGCCGCGCCCACGGCAGCUGCCCAAGCCAAGGGCCACCUCUCGCCCGACCUCCCAUGA